CCGAGUGAAUCAAAAAUUUCAAUCUCUUAUUUUUUCUAUUUUUCUCUUAUACAAUAAAACAAAAAAAUUAAAAAUAAAAAAAAAUAAAAAUGAAUUUGGAUUCAGAUGAAAAUUUCCAAAAACAAUUGGAAGAUUUAACAAAUUUUUUGGAUUCUUAUUGGAUUUAUGUAAUUGGAAUUGGAAUUGGAAUUUUAACAGCUAUCAGAUCUUAUAUGGGUGGUUCUGAAUGUCCAUCGAAAGAGAGAAUUGAUGGAAAAAUUGUAAUAAUUACCGGAGCUUCCAGUGCAAUUGGAAAAGAAACCGCUUUAGAAUUAGGAAAACGUGGAGGUCACAUAAUUCUUGCAGUGAGAGACAUUAAGUCUGGUAAUGAAGUGGCGAAAAAAAUUAAUUCCUUCUCAAAUGGACAUGCGGAAGUUAAAUACAUUGAUCUCUCAUCAUUGAAAAGUGUUCAAGAAUUUGUUGAAAAUUUAGAAACUGAACGUGUUGAUAUUUUAAUAAACAAUGCGGGAAUUGCAUUUCAUCCUUUUGAAAAAACAGAGGAAGGUUUUGAAAUGCACUUUGUUACAAAUUAUCUCGGUCAUUUUCUUUUAACGCAAUUACUUUUGAAAAAAUUGCAAAAAUCCGAACAAGGAAGAAUAAUUAAUGUUUCCGCUCAAGCCCACUCAAUUUCUACCAUUGAAUUUGAUGAUUUAAAUCAAGAGACAAAAUUCACAUCUCGAGGUGCUUUUGCGCAAAGUAAAUUGUUUCUUAUUCUCAUGUCUCGUCACAUGAGUUCGCUAUUGAAAGAUAAAACAAAUAUUACCAUCAAUUCACUUGAUCCUGGUCUCGUAAGAGGAACAAAACAUGCGAGACGAUCUUUAAUAAAUUCGACAUUUUUUCUUAAAACAAUACUUCAACCAUUAAUGUGGUUACUUCUUAAGAAUCCAAUGCAAGGAGCGCAAACUUCAAUUUUUCUAUCAGUCUCCUCUGAAUUGUCAAAUCAAACUGGAAAAUACUUCAGCGACUGUCAAUUAAAAGAACCUGCGGAAAAUGCAAGAAACGAUUUCCUCGCUAAAGAAUUGUAUGAAAAAUCGUUAAAACUCGUAAAAAAUUACAUAAAUACGUAAAAAAAAAUUGUAAUUAAAU